AGUACGGACUGCUCCCAAGGAAGGAGAGGAGCCGGCAGCCGCGCGACCAAUCCUCCCCGAUAGCCUCCCCCCACCUGUUCCGCCGCCUCGAUUCGAUUCCCCCCUCUCCGGCCGCGGAUCAGGCGGCGGGGUUCCGCGCCGCCGCCGUCCUCUACUACCACCAGGCGGAGGAGGUGCUGGUGCCGUAGGUCGUAGAGGAGGAGGAGGAGGAGGCCAUGGAGGCGUACAAGCUCUGGGUGCGGAAGAACCGGGAGCUCGUCCGCUCCCUCGAGUCGCUGGCCAAUGGGUUGACAUGGAUACUUCCUGAGCGCUUCGCCAACUCCGAGAUCGCACCCGAAGCAGUAUAUGCACUUCUGGGUAUUGUGAGUUCUGUCAAUCAGCACAUAAUUGACACGCCAACUGAUAGUCAGGCAUUGACCUCCAAAGAGCAAUCAAUCCCAUGGUCCCUUGUUGUCUCUGUACUCAAAGAUAUUGAGGCAGUUGUUGAGGUGGCUGCCCAACACUUUGUUGGAGAUGAUCGCAAAUGGAGCUUUCUUGCUGUUACAGAAGCUGUGAAAGCAGUUGUCAGGUUAGCUGCUUUCAGGGAGAGUGGCUACAAGAUGCUCUUACAAGGAGGGGAGGUGACACAUGAAGAGGAGAUUAAUGUUCUUGAGGAAAGUUUUGGAGCCAAAAGUAAUGGAGUGCCACUCAUUUAUCCAAUGGAUGGCCAUUUCCAAAACGGUCAUGGAGUUGCAUCUAAUGGUCUUGAUGGAAAGGCUGGAUUUGUAUCGAAGAGUCUGGAGGGAAGAGCAGUAGCUGCUCUUAACAAGUUUGGCCAGAAUGCAAAGAUGAUGUCAGAUCCCAUGUGGAUGAAGAGGCCCCUGCCUCCUCCUGAUCCUCCUGUGAUGGUGGUUGAGAAGCCAACUUUGGCAAGUAUUUGGUCCUCUAAAGGAGUUUCAGGGCGAUUGUUUUUCUUGGGAGAAGUUGUCCACAUAUUCAGACCACUUGUAUAUGUACUUUUGAUUAGAAAGUUUGGAAUCAAAUCAUGGACCCCAUGGUUAGUGUCUUUAACCGUGGAGAUCACAAGUCUUGGUAUCCAUUCACGUGCGACUGAUCUACAUCAAAGAGGGGGUAAAGUUCAUCAGCUCUCAUCUGCUGAGAGGGACGAGUUGAAAAGGCGAAAGGUGAUGUGGGCACUUUACGUCAUGAGAGAUCCAUUCUUUGCGAAAUACACCAAGCGCCAUCUCCAGAAGGCUGAGAAAGUGUUGAAUCCAGUGCCUCUUAUCGGUUUCCUUACAGGCAAACUCACGGAGCUAGUGGAGGGGGCUCAGACACGGUAUACAUACACAUCAGGCUCAUAAGGAUGUGGACCAGCAGUCAGAUGUCUGAGAGCUUCCUUAACGAUUUCCCAAAUUGUCAUGAUUGGCCUUUUUGUGCUUCAUGAGAGCUGGCUGAUGGGUUCUGUUUUGAGCUUGGUCCUAAUCCUGUAUGUACCUGCCAUUUCCUAGCAAGAUUUGGCAUCCUAUCAGAUGUCUUGGGCUGCUGAGUUGCGGUCAUUGUAAACUCUCUUCUGGUGGCAGUUGAGGAUCUAACUAUACCGUACUAUAUCGAUGUAUAAUGUUAAGAAUAGGCACAUCAUCCCUGCAAUCAUACUACCAUGUAUUUACCAAGCAGGACAUACUGUAACCCCAGAACAAAUCUAUGAUAAAUUGCUUGGGGGUUUUCCAUGAACUCUCAGAUUUUGUGCUGCAA